GCAAGUAUGCAAAAUGGCGUUGUUCAUGUCAGUGGUAUCUUUCACAUUUUCACUAUUUCUGACACCGUUUCUUAUGUUCUUACUUGCCAUUAUAUUUCUCGCGUCAAUCGGUAAAUCUCUUGGAAUAAGGAAGCUCUACAUCAAACUACUUCUCACAUUAUUCGAGUACGGCAGACAGAAUAUUGAAAAAGUCCGUAAGGAAAAGAACAACUAUGAUCAUGGAGCGGGGGAAAGUGAGGACGAGGGCGGUGGUUCAUCCCCAUCUACUGAGAAGCCUCCUACAACUAUAAUAAACAAAAAUCCCAAGGAAAAUGGUAAAAAUGGAUCCCUUGGUAAUUCAGUUAUUGCAAGAUCCAAGGAGCUGAUCCUUGUACCUGAACCAGAUGCACACAAAGACAAUAAUACGACUGACAAACAAGAAGACGAACCCCAUUGCGUAGACAAUAAGAACGAGCGCGCUCUCAGUCAACAAAAAUCUUUCGAGGCCCUUGAAACAGUAUUCGAUCCUGCAUUUUGUUUGGAGUAUAUAAAAGCUGGUGUAGAGGCCAUAAUUGAGGAUGAAGUUACGUCGAGAUUCGAAGCCGAAGAAUUGAAGAAUUGGAACCUCCUCACGAGAACCAAUAGACGAUACGAAUUCAUAUCCUGGAGAUUAACUGUAAUAUGGAUGUUUGGAUUUUUCAUGAGAUACUGUUUCUUAUUACCGCUGAGAAUUUUAAUUUGUCAUAUUGGUGUUUACUAUCUCAUAAUAGCAACAGCAUUCAUCGGUUUUCUCCCAAAUGGCCGCCUGAAAACUCGGAUUCAUGACUUUGCAUAUAAAAAUUCCUUUCGUAUAAUGGCUAGAUCAUUAUCCAGUAUAAUAAAUAUUCACAAUCCAGAGUACAAACCAAAGCCAGGUGGUCUUUGUGCAGCUAAUCACACAUCGGUUCUCGAUGUGUGCAUCUUAUCGACGCAGACAACUUUUUCAUUGAUUGGACAGAGACACGGGGGAUUUUUAGGGAUUUUGCAGCGGGCAUUGGCACGUGCCUCUCCCCACAUUUGGUUCGAGCGGUCGGAGGUGAAGGAUAGGGAAGCUGUCACCAAAAGAUUGAAACAGCAUAUCUCAGAUCCAACGAAUCCUCCGAUUUUGAUAUUCCCGGAAGGUACCUGCAUCAAUAAUACAUCAGUCAUGCAAUUCAAGAAGGGCAGCUUUGAAGUUGGUGGGGUUAUUUAUCCAGUAGCAAUUAAGUACGAUCCGAGAUUUGGCGAUGCCUUCUGGAAUAGCAGUAGAUAUUCAAUGCUCCAAUACCUCUACAUGAUGAUGUCGAGUUGGGCGAUUGUCUGCGACGUAUGGUAUCUUCCACCAAUGUACAGAGGGGAUGGUGAAAGUGCCAUUGACUUCGCCAAUCGUGUCAAGUCUGUUAUUGCGAGGCAAGGUGGCCUGGUUGAUCUCCAAUGGGACGGCCAAUUGAAAAGGAUGAAACCGAAGAAGGAAUGGAGAGAAAAACAACAGGAGGAAUUCAGUAAACGACUCAAGGUGGAAUAGAUGACAUUCACUGCCUCUAGUCACGAACUUUUACGCUAACCAAAUGAUCCAAAAAUAUUGGGUAAACUGUGCGCAAGGCUCACGUAAAUCGAGUCAAUUUGUGAGUGAUUCAUCGGGGCUAACUAGAGUAAAAAAACAACAAACUGAUAUAUACGUGGUAAACGAGACCUGAACAUUGUCAUUUGCAUAUUUUUGUUUUUAAUGGCCCAUUCGCAUCACUUAUUUAUUGGCUCAUAAUGAUAAAUAAUUUUCCCGACAAUGAUUAAUUGCAUGCAAUCGUUGGUGAUUGCGUAUGUAAAUCCGUCAUUGAAUUAUGACUAAUUUAUCUUCUAGAGAAUUUUCAUGAAUAGAGUAAGUAGCAACAUGGGUGUGGUUGUAUUGAUAAUUUGAAGGUUCAACUCAUUUUAUCCCUACUUUUCGUUACCGUAGAACCAAAAAUUAUCUAUGUAUAUUUUGCUACUUUUAUAUUGCCAAUGAUGAAAGAAACGAAAUCUUUUCGAAAAUCCCUUGAAAUACUAAUUAUUGGCUAGGUGUGGUGAGCCUUCAAGGGUGUGUGAUGAAAUAAGUUGAGAUUUUUUUAGGAUUUAAGAGAGUUGUAAUAAAAAGGAACAAAAUUCGAUAGUAAAGUGGUAAAACGUAAUGACUUCAGUAGCGAAACGGUAAAACGGUUCAAGUCGUUUUUGACUAUUGGUUAG